AUGGUUUCUCCUUCACCAUUAGUAUCAUGGCAUGCUGAGUGUACUCAAGAAGGUGGUAGAAGCCUUUUCAUGCUUACCCCUUUGCCUAAACCUUCAGCAUUCACAUCCAAACUAAAGAAAUCCUCCAAAUCAGUAUUCAAGAACAUAACCAAUGAUCUUCCUGUUGCCACCAGUGAAUUUUCUUCACCUGAAAAGGUGUUAAAAAGGAACAAUACUACUAAUAAUGAUAAUAAUUCUAUCAUUGUUUCUACUCCUUACUUAAAAAUGUCACCACCAAAGUCUUGUAUAUUAUUAGAACCUGCUUCUGAACACUACAACAAGAAGACUAAUGGGGGUGUUAAGAAUGCUGCAAUCAAUGGUGGUGGAGAUUCUGAACCUUCUUCUAGUAGUAGUCAAGGUUAUGGACAUUUAGGAGUUAUUGAAGUACGCCAAUGUGUAAGGAUCUUGACCAACGGUUUUAAGAGGGAAGCGUGUUGGGGAGAAUCUUUAAAGAAAGAAUUGUGGAUGCGAUUUGAAGCAGCAACUGGUCAUGAGCUUCGGUUCAAAGCAUCUGUUGGGACAUGGACAGACUACUACUAAUACUAGUAAUGAGUGUAGUAAUGGUAAGGGGUUUAUGGAGUUGUUGGAAGAGGUCUGUAGUGAUGACUGAUAUUGUCUUCUUCUAAACUUGCAAAUGUUUGACCAUGAAGGUUUAUAAGUUGAAUCUCCUCU